AUGGAUGGACCCGACCAGAUCGGACCUGAUCGCUCGACCAAACGGACUGUCGCCGACAAGGCAAGACGUCUCGUGAAAACUUUUACCACAAGAGAGGGCCUUCUCGGCGAUUACGACUAUGGCUACCUUUUUACCCCGCGAAUCCCCUUCACCAAGCAAGUCCGCAAAUCCGCCCCAUUUUUCGGCCUCGACGAUCGCGUGCCCGUGGUUCUAGCCCUCAUUCUGGGAUUACAACAUGCGCUUGCAAUGUUGGCUGGUGUUAUUUCACCCCCGAUUAUGUUGGGUGGUUCAAGUGGCGUUAAUUUCGGAGACGAGCUCUACCAAUAUCUUGUAUCAACUUCGUUGGUUGUCUCGGGCCUUCUGUCUGCUGUGCAGAUGACUCGCUUCCACGUUUAUGGCACAAAAUACUACGUCGGCACGGGCCUGCUGUCGGUCGUUGGAACCUCCUUCUCCACUAUUACUGUCGCUCAGGGCGCCUUCAAGCAGAUGUAUGCUUCUGGAUACUGCCCUACCGACGCGAAUGGCAAUAAGCUGGCCUGCCCCCAAGGCUACGGAGCUCUCCUGGGCACUUCCUGCCUCUGUGCCCUGCUUGAGAUUGGUCUCUCUUUCAUGAGUAGCCGGAUUCUCGCUAAAGUUUUUCCUCCCCUGGUCACCGGACCUACAGUUCUUCUGAUAGGUGCUUCCCUCAUCAAAUCUGCCAUGCAAGAUUGGGCUGGUGGCUCUGGAUGUGGUCCUUCGCCGCGAGCCAUGUGUCCCAGCGCUGAUGCACCCCAUGCAUUGAUGUGGGGAAGUCCUCAGUUCAUCGGACUGGGCUUCUUGGUUUUUGCUACUAUUAUCUUGUGUGAGCGCUUUGGUCCACCCAUCCUCAAGAGCUGCUCCGUUGUUGUCGGUCUGCUGGUUGGAUCGAUUGUCGCUGCUGCUUGCAAUUACUUCGAAGAUUCUGGCAUUACUGCUGCACCUGUGGUGUCUUUUGCAUGGGUGCACACCUUCCCACUCACCAUCUAUCCACCUCUAAUCCUGCCACUUCUCGCGCUUUAUAUUGUCAUCAUGAUGGAGUCCAUUGGUGAUAUCACGGCGACCUGUGAUGUCUCCCGUCUAGAGGUCGAGGGUCCUACAUUUGACUCUCGCAUUCAGGGUGGUGUUCUGGGCAACGGAUUGACAUGUUUACUGGCUGGUCUGAUGACCAUCAGUCCCAUGUCUGUAUUUGCCCAGAAUAACGGUGUCAUUGCUCUGACAAAAUGCGCGAACCGAACUGCCGGAUUCUGUUGCUGCUUCUUCCUGGUUGUCAUGGGAGUCUUCUCCAAAUUCGCUGCUGCGCUGGUUUCAAUCCCCAAGGCUGUUCUUGGUGGAAUGACUGCGUUCCUGUUCAGCUCCGUCGCCAUCUCGGGUAUUAGAAUCAUUUCAACCAUUGACUUCACGCGCCGCAACCGAUUCAUCAUCACUGCCAGCUUCUCUCUUGGAAUGGGAAUCACUCUUGUCCCUGAAUGGUGGACUUAUUUCUUCUCUUAUUCGGGCAAUAACCAUGCUCUUGAGGGUCUCCUCAAUGCUGUCAACCUAGUCAUGGAGAAUGGCUUUGCUGUCACAGCUAUUCUCGGCGUUAUUCUCAAUCUGAUUAUCCCGGAGGAGCCAGAUGAUCACGACGCUGAGGUUUACACCGCCAACGAGUCUGAGGAUGGUCGGGUUGAGCCUGGUCCUUCGCAUGGCACUUCGAAGAUAGAGAGCGGUCUAUAA